AUGGAGCGGCCGGGCUGCACCGUGAGCGAGGCGGUGCAGGAGCACCUCAAGCAUCUGUGUCUGCACGACUUCCCCUGCGGCAUAGGCAGCUGGAACAGGUCUAGCUUCCUCCCUCGGAUUGGGCAGUGGCAGCCCGGCCCCCAGGAGGAGCCGUUGCACGCCCUGCUGGACCUGGCCAGCAGCCCGCUCUCGCCCUGGGCCCUGCCCGAAGGCGCCCGCGCCGAGGACCGCUUCCUGAAGGAGCUGGCCAUCCGGAACCCCAGGAAAAUCAAGGACAGCUUUUUCUACUCCUACUUCACGUCCCUGCACAUGGUGGACAAGAAGGUGAGCCUGGUGGACAAAGGGCUCCUGAAAUUCCUGAGGCUGGAGGAGCUGAUCCUGAGUGCCAACCGGAUCCAGGACCUGGACAGCGCACACCUGCCCCCGACGCUCAGGGUGCUGGAGCUCUACGGGAACCAGCUGCGGAGCCUGGAGUGUCUGUGCGCGCACCCCCCGCCCCGCCUGCAGCACCUGGGCGCCGGCCACAACCGGCUGCUGGGCCCCCAUGAGAGCCUCUUCCUCACCUCGGAGCACUGGCCCAGCCUCGUCUCCCUGGACUUGAGCUUCAACAACCUGACGGACCUGCAGGCCAUGACGGCCGCGCUCCGCUCGCUCGGGCAGCUCCGGCUGCUGCUGCUGCUGGGCAACCCGCUGGCGCUGGUGGCGCAUUACCGCGGCUUCACCAUCGACAGCCUGGCGCCGCUCUGCGUGCUGGACGACCUCACCGUGACGGCCAGCGAGAAGCACCAGUUCCGGGGGCUCAGCCAGGAGGCGGGCCUCCUGGAGAACAAGGCGCAGAUCACGGUGACCAUUGACAACUUGCGCGGCCUCGUGGACUCCUCCAUCUGGGACCCGGAGCCUGGCCCCGACGGGCCCUUCAUCGCCUACAGCUAUUACGUCACCUACGACUUCGUGGAGGAUGAAGAAAGCACGAAGGAGUAUGAGGAUGUGCUGGCCGAGAUCGUCAGGCCUCCUUCCAUGGACCGCUUCAGCGAGGAGUUGGGUGGCGAGGAGGUCGAGGCUGGUGAGAGCCUGCAGGACGAAGAGCAGGCUUCCCAAGACACGGGCAUGGAGGAAUCCGACCUGUCCCGAGAGUCGUCUGGCAGGCAGAGCACCGUGAGGACUCGGAACUCGGAAGAGAACGAGCUGGCUAAGCUGCGGCCCCUGAUGGAUCUCCGGGUGGUCUCGUCGCCCGGGACAGUGCUCUUCAGCACCACCCGCAAGCCCUACGGUGACGUCGUUUUCUACAGCUACCAGAUGCAGCACAACAUCAAGGGGCUGGCGCCUCUCAAGACCUUCCUGCUGUCGGGGACCACCAUCACCGUCGUGGAGGAGAAGAUUCUCUCCUGGAACGUGUCGCCGCCCUCCAGCCCCAUGUCUUUAAAAAGAGGCAAAGGGGACAAGAGAGGAAGUAAGGACAAAAGCAAGAAGGAGAAGGAGAAAGACAAGAAGAAGGAGAAGGACAAGAAGGGCAAAGGGCACAGACAGUCGUUGAAGGAACCGGCAUCCAAGAAGACAAAGGUGGUUUCCAAGUUGCUCCGCCAGGACGCCCCCAUCCUGAGGGUGCUGGGCAGAGCCCACAUCCCCCUGGAGCCCCUGGUGGCCGGGGACUCCACCGUGUCCAUGGUGGUCAACUUAGGGGUGAUCCGCACGAUGGAAUCUGACAGACUGACCUUUAUGAGGGCUUUCAAGUUGAAGACUAAGAAAUCCCGGCGAGCGCUGGAUCAGGCCAAGUCCAGGUCCAGGCAACAGCUAGAGAAGGGGAAGUUUGCAGCGACAGAGUUCGACGAGAGCUACCGGCCCGAGCCGCUCACGGUGGAGCUGCAGGUCCAGCUGAACCAGCACCGCUCUGCCGAGGAGGCGCUGCGUACCGUGGCCCGGGUGUAGGCGCAAAGAAAGAC